AUGGCGGAAGAAAACAAAGCUUCGUCAGACACCCUCGAUGGGACUCUUUUGUGUCUCAUGUGCUGUCGCAACUUCUGGACGGACAUUUUGAAGCUGAGCCUCGUGUCUUACUUCUUUUGGGUUGGCCUCAUUUACUUUUUAGGAGCAGUUAUAUUACUUGCAGGCUACACUUACAGCGCGCCUCGCGUGCACUCUGAAAUCGCCUGCCCCAUGACUUCUUCGGUUUAUGUUUUUGUUGGAUUGUGGCUUUUCCAGUCUUUAAUUUUCUUCUUCACCUGCUGGGCCUAUUCGACUGUCGUCAUAUCCGGAGAAGAGGACCCGGAAAACAGUUUGUUUGAGCAGCUGGGGACUUCGCAGCUGCUGAUUGGCUUCUUCGUAAAGACAGUCCCCACUUGGGUCCGCUGCUGCCACAUCUUUUGCUGCUGCCAAGUUGCUGUUUGGACUCUCGAUUUGCUGCUGCUGCCCGACUGCAACAGCCAGUCGCUCAGGUGGAUCGUCGCUUUGAUAACUUUUCUUUGGUGGGCUGUGGUGGCUUUGGGGGCUCGAGCCAAAAGAAAGAUUUUGGUCCCCGCCUACCUCUACGACCCCCUCAGGCCAG